AUGAGACAUCCCUCAUCUCAACCUCAUCGCAGCUCUAACAUGGCAUUUCUACUAGGCGACCACAGUAGAGAAAACGCCAAACGAUCCAUCAAGGGUCUCAUUGCCCACAAUGCGGAAUCCGGCCCCGACGAACCUCUGAGAUCGCUCCUAUACCUUGUGGUUAACACAAAAGCUCCAUUGGUAGCCAAGUCUGACCAGACGCCACGGAUCAUUCCAUUGACCAACAAAUUGCAUAAAAUCGACGAAAAAACAAUCGCAUUGAUUACCAGAGACACAUCAUAUAGAGCACAGCUUGUGCAGAAGGACUCCCCUACAGAUGACCUCUUCCAUGAGAUCAUUCCAUAUACUAAGGCAAAGCUGAUAGGCCACAGUAGUAAAGCCAGAUUACGUCUUUUCCGUGAAAAUGACUUGAUUAUAGCCGAUGCAAGAAUAUACAAGCACUUGCCUGAGGUGUUGGGUCCGCAGUUCUACGCCAGAAACAAGAAGGUGCCAUUCAAGAUCCUUAUGUCUAGACCAACAGCAGACAAGAAAACUCACGGCAAGAUAGACCAGCUGUUCGAUGCCAAGUAUGUGCGCGCACAAGUGAAAUCCAUCGUGGGCAACACCUCAUUCAUCCCUCCCCUGGGCACCUGUUUACAUAUAGCCGUGGGCUACACCGACUGGAAGGUUUCAGAUCUUCUCGUGAAUAUCAACGAUGUUGUAUCGUACCUCACUGAUGAGAAGUUCCGUCCAAUCGGUGGAGUUUUGAGGAUGGCCAACAUUCACAGUGUUUUGAUUAAGACUAGCAAUAGUGUGGCCUUGCCGGUGAAGGAGAGUCUGGUAGCACCAGAGGACGACGAAAGCGAACUCAGUGAUUUUUGA